AAGAAGAAGAAGAAGAAGAAGAGGAGGAGGAGGAUGUGGCCAUUGAAAUGGAAGGGAGCAUCAGGGUUCUCAGCAUGGUCAACAGCAGAAGAAGUCACAGAAGGAGUAGAUGGAGCUGGUCUUACUGCCAUUGUCACAGGUGCCACUAGUGGUAUUGGCACUGAAACCGCGCGUGUUCUCGCACUGCGUGGUGUUCGAGUGAUCAUGGGAGUGAGAAAUGUGUCGGCAGGCAAUGAAAUUAAAAGAUCGAUAAUUGAAGAAGUUCCUGGUGCUCAAAUUGAUGUGUUCGAGUUAGAUCUCAGCUCAAUGUCAUCAGUAGCAAGAUUUACUUCAAAAUUUAAAUCUCUGAAUGUUCCAUUGAACAUUCUCAUUAAUAACGCGGGAAUUUUUGGAACUCCUUUCUCGCUUUCGCAUGAUGGCAUAGAAAUGCAGUUUGCGACCAAUCAUAUCGGCCAUUUUCUUCUAACUUAUCUUUUGUUAGAGAACAUGAAGAAGACAUCAAUUGAAACUGGCAUUGAAGGGAGGAUUGUUAAUGUUUCAUCGAUGGCUCACCGGAUUACAUAUUCAGAAGGCAUUCGUUUCGAUAAGAUUAAUGAUGAAUCAACAUACAACGGAUGGCUUGCAUACGCACAAUCGAAAUUUGCUAAUAUAUUACAUGCAAAUGAGCUUUCCAGAUGUUUCAAGGAGGACGGUGUGAAAAUAACAGCUAAUUCUCUCCAUCCAGGUCUAAUACUUACCAAUCUCCCCCGACACCGCAGUUUUCUGAACGUAAUCAAUAAUACUCUUGGAAAGCUACUCCUGCAGAAUGUUCAGCAGGGGGCUGCAACUACAUGUUAUGUGGCAUUGCAUCCUCAAGUUGAAGGAUUGACAGGAAGGUAUUUUAGCAACAGUAAUUUAUCGAAAUCGAGUUCCAAAUGUGAUAAUUCAGAGCUUGCAAAGAAAUUAUGGGAUUUUAGCCUGAGUUUGAUUAUGGAUCGGCUUCCGAAUUUCGACGAUUUACUUAAAUCUAAUUUAUGAAAACAUAUAUAAUGUUUUAUGAAAACAUAUAUAAUGUUUUCUGUGCAAUAAAAAAAGUACUUGUCUUUUUAGUGCUUUGAUGAAAAGCAUUUUAGUUCAAAGACCAAUUGUAGUAUUUUUAAAACUUUUAUAAAUUAGAGCUUGGUCUUGUUUUUA